AUUUUGGUUCGAGCGCAGUGGCUCACCCGUCAAACGCCUUGUUUAUACUGUAUAUUCGGUCUGAAUCAAAGGUACCAGGCACUACCCACCUAGGUAGUCUACGGUUACAACGAGCAGAUUUCACGAUUAUAAUAACGAUUCGCGACGACCGAAGGAUCGCUACGCACUGACAUAGUAUUACUCCUCUGAAAAAGCAUCCUCACUGCACCACCCCGGAAUCAACCCAUACCAGUAGUGAAGAAACAGUACGAAGGCCCAGGUCAAAGGAGCUAUCUUUAGAUACCUACCUGCAUUGUAGGGGACGCCCAAGCAUUCACCCAAGAACUGAAAGCCUUGUCUUCCUUCAGCGGCUCAGCCUUGUCUGGCGGACCCUCCGAGUCUCUACCUGUUCCGAGCGCGCGUUCCAGAUAAAUAUAAAGCUUACCAUCCACAUAUAAACACAAAAGCAUCAGGAACCAGAGAAAAUGUCGGCGCCAUCAUUUUUCUCUCGUGACCACAGAAGAACGCGUAGAAAAGAGAUGGCAGAAAAGAAAGGCUAUCCUCCACGAGGACCUACAAUGCUACUACUGGUACACCUUGCACAUCAGCCAUAACUAUAUCUGACCUGUGUUUCCUGCACCACUUGACUCAACUCUUACUGCAGAAAUGCUCUUGCCCACUCACGAACGCAUAGCGCAACGCGGGUCUCUUCAGUCGAUGAUAUAUCUGUUUCGUUGUGAGGGCGUGUCUUUUUCAUAGCCAAGUUUGUUGUGGAUGUUGUUUGAACUGGAGUGGAGGGUGAACUUCUAUCUUUCUCGUUGAACCACAGUGUCGGAGAGGAGGGAAUGAGCUCGUCGCCUGCCGGCUGCUUGGACCUUUGAUUCUGUCUCUUUAUCUCUCUGUUGCUCCACCAUUUGUCUCUUUCCAGUCCAACUCGACGCAGCCAGACAAUCACUGAGAGCCCGGAAUCAACCAAGCGGCGCCGGCAUAAUUGUCCACAACCCCAACGAUCAAGAUCCAAUCUGUAUGCAUGUCCGCUUGGAAUAGAGAGACUAUCGCCUCGACGAGCAUCGGGCACCCCUCCCCCAUUAUCAACUGCUGAAUUGUUGUAACAUUGCCUUCGAGCGAGCAGUGGAUCUGGAUUGCAGAAUUCAACCGGCGACGGCAGACACGGAAACCCCAUUCUCUUCGAAGAGCAAUCCGGUUCUUUUGAACCCACCCGAAUCACCUCCUCAGUUCGUGUUGUCUGAGAACAACCAGCGUCAUCGAACCGCAACAUGUCUUGGUGCCAAGUCGUCCAACUUCUCCGAGACCUCGCAUACGUCCUGCUGUGGGCGGUCAUCUUCUGGAGGGCUGUGACGUCUUUGCCCAAGAUGUCCAUCUUUUCCUCCAGUGCUGGCUCCCAGCGGGAGAGAGAGAUCGACUACGUCGCCAAUUUGAAGCUGUUCAAGCUUUCGGACGACGGAUUGAAUCAUCUGCAGUACCGAGUUGCCUUGGAACAACUUAGGAGACGGAAAGCCGCUGAGCCUUGCCACAGUCACGGCGGGGCUGGAGUCGCCGUUGCCCAUGGGUGCCACCGACGAGCAUCCAGGGGGAAACGACACCCCUGGCCCAGCACAACGGGGAGAAAGCCGGAGACGAACAAUGAAGAUCAUUGAGAACACCGUCUGAGGAACGCCGCUGACGGACAAUUGGCGAUGGGAUCGCGGUACAAUUUGAUGCUGGGAGAUUCUGUCCGAGUGGCAUAGUUGAAGAGAGAGGUAUGAUUUAGAUAGCAACGAACUGUAAUCGUCAACCUAUGUCAACAGAACAUCGUAUCCAUCCUGG